UUUUCUAUUACAAUUUGUUGUAAAUAAACGAACAAGACUGACGGUGAUAUUGCACCAGAAAAUAUACACAUAUCGACACUCAAAAUACUGGACUAUGAACAAAGGUUGAUGGGGUGACGUUCAUUCAUACCCAACAGUUUGCUGCCGACCCCUAAAGUCACACGGAGGUGCGUCACACAGGUCGCUUGUGGCCAGUGCCACAGGCGCAACACACUCCGAGACGUGGACCAUCAGCACUAAGUGAAACUGUCAAGUUGGCUUCAACAGACCUUUAAUGUCCCAGUGUGGUUGUUGAACUGAAGAGGAAGUGUCUGAGGAUUUACCUUCACUUAAAGGAAACAUGUCGGAGUUAAAUAAAGACGUGGUGGAUUUGGUUUGGGGGAGACCCUCUGGUGGAGGCGUGUCUGCCUCUAUUUUCCGAAGAUGGACACAAGGGUUUGUUUUUAGUGAAUAUGAGCAGACCGCACUGGAGCAGUUUGAAGGAGGGCCAUGUGCUGUAAUUGCACCUGUCCAGGCCUUCCUCUUGAAGAACAUUCUCUUCAGCAGAGAAAGUUCAAACUGGAGACAGAUUUUAGAGGAGGAGCAGAAAACAGUGCUGUGUUCCACACUAAGUGAAAUCCUCGAGUCAGCCUGUGCUAGCCCAUCCACAGGGUUCUGCAUUGUGACUUGGGCCAAAGGGCAAAGCCCGCACACCAGUAAAGCUCCUAAGACACAGACACAGUCACAAACACAGGAUAUGCCAGAGCCAGAGAGCAGCCAGCCACCAGAGGAACAGCAGCCUUGUCUGGCUGCUUUGACUGCUGAGGAUCUCAGCUUUGAGCGAUUUCACAGUGUUCUGCACAAGCGAACGGUCCUUUCAGUGUCUGAUCUCAGAGAAGAGGUGCUGUCCCUAUACCAUUCCUGGAGGGGGUGCUGUGGAGUUUUGCUUUUCCUAUACUCAGUCAUCCUCACUAAGGGUAUUGAGAAUAUCAGGAAUGAGAUCCAGGACCCAACAGAGCCUCUUAUAGAUCCUGUGCAUGGACAUGGAAGUCAGAGCCUGGUGAACCUCCUUGUGACUGGCCAUGCGGUCUCUAAUGUCUGGGAUGGAGACAGGGAGUGCUCUGGCAUGAAACUACAUGGAAUUCAUAAACAAGCAUCCGUUGGCUUCCUCACGCUUAUGGAAUCCCUGCGCUACUGCAAGGUCGGGACAUUCCUCAAGUCUCCAAAGUUCCCUAUUUGGAUUCUUGGCAGUGAAACUCAUCUCUCUGUAUUUUUCACCAAGGCAAGUCUAAUACACUCCAAGUCAAAGAAACCUUCACACAACAGCACACUGUGUAACAUUAGCUGGUCUCCUCAGCAGGAGAUGAUGCUGGUAGGUCCAGAGUCUCCAUCAGAACAGGCAAGGAGAGUCUUCCAGUCAUUUGAUCCUGAAGAUAAUGGCUUCAUCCCAGAGUCUCUUCUGGAGGAUGUGAUGAAAGCUCUUGACCUUGUCUCAGAGCCUGAAUAUGUCAGUUUGGUGAAGAGUAAGCUCGACCCAGAAAACCUGGGCAUAAUUCUUCUGGGCCCAUUCCUGCUGGAGUUUUUCCCUGAUCAGGAUUCGGGAAUCCCAGACUCUUUUCCCGUCUACCACUACAAUGGACUUAAACAGUCCAACCACAAAGAGCGGGUUGAGUACGUGGAUGGGACGGCUUUGGUUCUGGGUUUUGAAGACCCGAUGGUUCGCACGGACGACACUCCAGUGAAGCGCUGCCUGCAGACCAAGUGGCCCUACAUCGAGCUGCUGUGGACCACCAACCGCUCUCCAUCACUCAACUAGCACCAACGCAGUCUGUGCAUGUGGAUGGAGCACUGCUGCCCCCCCCUCCCAUCAGCCUUCCCUUUGCACGCUGACCACAAAGGGUCAGCAUACUGCAAAAACUGAGAAGCAUGCAGCAGAGGCAACAGAGAAUAAGAGGAACACAAAAUACACACAGGAGAUGAACGUAUUCAUGGACUAAUUCCAGUCUUACAUCCAUUAUUUUAUUCUCACUCAUUCCAGUCAAAUGCAGACUCACGUCUGCAGUCAGUGCUAACACUUGUUCACCUUAGCUUAUAUCGACAUGCAGGAUGUUUCAGAUGUGAUCAUUCGAGGAAAAAAAUGAGCGACUGUUUAUUUCCAAAGCUGCGCUCAUUGCCGUCAGCCUUUGCUCCAGUUUGGUUGUUUUAGAAAGGCAAACUAGUUUGGUUCAACAGGCAUGUCAUCGGAGAACACGCUAAGCCUGAGUAGAGCCAGUCGACUGUGAAACACUACUGUUAACCCAGCGGUUUGAGGGAAAACCUACCAAAGCCUUGCACAUAAGACAACACACACAGACUCACACAUGCACACACACACUCAGUCACUUCUUCAGAGUUUACAGUAUAAAGGGACCAACCCAGAUUCUAAAGGUCUGAACUGAAGGUUUUCAGCCUUCACUACGUUGGUUUAGGUGCUCUGUGUGCCUCGUGCACUCCACCAGGAUGUUGGCCAGGUGCUGGUGUAUUUAUUAUCGCACUCAAAGGUUCUGGAAUAAACACUUUUUUGUUCAAAUGCUGUGCUGAGUUCCUUGUGUUGAAAUCUUAGACAUCCUCCUCCUGUGUUCCUUUCAUGAAUAUUAUGUUUUGAUCAAACGGGAGGCAAUGUCUGGUUUCAUGCGCUGGAGCUGUUUGCAGCUUCAUCUCUAAAUCACAUUCAAACUGAUGCCGGAGAGAAUCUGAAUCAGUAAUCUGCUCGACGCUAAUGGUGACUAAAGUACCUCUUUGCAAACAAUGUAAAUCCCCCUGAGGCAGAAUAUGGUUAUCAGUCUGACACCAAAUCUUUCCUAAAGAAGACAAAAUAAAUGGACUCGAACCUCAUGUUAUCUUGGGCUUUUAGAGGUAUUUUGUGUUUGUCGUUCUUAUCCCUGACCUCAGUAUUUUUGU